AUGUGUCAUUCAGAGCCACCUACCGUCGCACAGCACCCAACCCCCGCCAAACCACUACCUAUCUACCUAUUGGAUGCUUUCCGCUGCAGUGCUCACCUCUUCCUGACGCAGCAAGAAGCGCCGGGGCCCCACCCAGGAUGCCGCCGUGAGAAGUCAACUGUCACCCACGGAGCCGAUGUCUGA